AUGGCAGAAGAAAAGCAGGCUACUGCAUCUUCUACUUCUUCACCACCAGUACAACAACAACAACAACCUGUAUAUAUUCUAGCAACUAGAAAUUAUGAUAAAGAUAGUAAAAAGUUAAAUGGUAGAGAGACUGAAAAGCAUCCUCUUGGUGCUAAUUGGACUGUCAAACCACAACAGAAGGAGAAAGAGACAACACCUGUAGUUACAACAUCAACCUAUUUGGGAAGCGAUGAUGAUCCAUUGUUGACAUCAAAUAAUACAGUUGAUCCAUUGUCAAAGGCAGCUACUGAACAACAACAAAGAAACACUACUGUAGAUCCAUUGGCAGCUAGUAUUGCAUCGAUGGGUGGUAUCAACACUGCUCACACAUCAUCCAAACAAAUGUAUCACGAUGAAAGUUAUAUUCCAUGGUCUACAAUGAAACCUGCUAUCCUUCAACAAUACACAAACGAUGAUUUAAAUCCAAUUCAAUUAUCUUUCAUGUCAAAUACUGGAAUGAGUGGUAAAGUUAAAAUAUCAAUUAAUAGAUUAAAUAAGAUUCUUGAGGAAUUGGAACAAGAUAAAGAAGAGAAACAACCAACUCAAUUAACUCAAGGUGAUAUCAUUAUGGAUAUGGAAACAUUGUAUUCUGAAUUACUUAAAGCUUGGAAAGCUGAAGAUAGAGUUAGAGCUUUAAAAAUUUCAAUUCAAACUGCAAAAUUAUUAUCAGAUAUAUCAAUUAUUAAAUUUUAUCCAAGUAAAUUUGUAAUUGUAACUGAAUUGUUGGAUAAAUUUGGAGAUUUGGUGUAUGAUCGUAUUCAAUCACGUUUAAAGGCCGGUCAAGGUAAAGACCCAGCCAAGAGAAACGAGAAAUUAUAUAGUGAUCAAGCCAAAGAGACUUGUCGUAAUUGGUUCUACAAGAUUGCAUCGAUUAGAGAGUUGUUGCCACGUCUCUAUGCCGAGAUUUCUAUUCUAAAGUGCUAUGAAUUCAUCCAAGGCGAUGUCAACACUGAACCAACCAGUGUCAUUUCACGUAUCAAUGCCAUGAUUAGAGGUAUUGGUAAUCCUUUGGUUGCCAACUAUGUCCGUGCUUAUUUAGCACGUAGAGCACAUGACCUUGCACCCGAAUUCAAGACCUACAUUAUUACCGGUCUCAAAGACUUUGUCCAUGCCCAAAAGUCGUAUGAAAAGAGCAAAUAUCUCGAAGAUAUCCUUGCAACUCAACGUAUUUCAUUGACUGACUAUUUGGGAUUGUAUAGUCCAUCGGUCGAGUGGUUGCUACAGUGUCUUGCACACAAUGGCAAGCCAAACAUUCUCGAAGAGGUGCUUGCCAUCUUCCGUGAGAGUAAAAACUCACUCCUUCUCAACCACAUCAUCUCUUCCUUCCCACCCGAAUACAUCUGUACCAAUUCGACCAUGUUUAGCAAUUUCAUCAAGGAGGCUGACAGUAUCUCCUAUCCCAAAUACCAAUUGUACUCUACUUUUGGUGUUAAUUUGGUACUUGGUCAUCCACCAAAGAAUCAAGUCCUAGCCAUUCUAAAUGAUGUCUGGAAAGUUGUUUCUUAUUUUGAUAAUCUAAAGGACUACAUUAGUGUUGCCGAAGUUUUUAUUGAAUAUGUUUUAACUCAUUGUGGUAAUAAGGAAGCAGAUAUAUUCUUAAAGGAUAUUUUAAGACAUGUUUUACCAGAUAAAGCAUAUGAAGGAAUUCAAUCACAUUUACAAUCGAUUGUUUUAAAGAUUUUAUCUCAUAUUCAAGAUUUUAAUGUCUUGGUUGGUUUGGCCAACUUUUUACCAUUAUUGGAUCUAUUUAAUGGUGAAUCACAAAAACAAAUUAGUAGAAGUACAUUGGAAGCUUUAUCAACAAGUACAAGUUCCAUUUCAGAUCCAGUUUUAAUUAAUACCUUUUUAACCUAUGGUAAAGCUUUACAUGAUUCUUUGAAUACUCUUAGUUUCCAAGAUGAAAUUAGACAAGUUACUCAAGUUAUUAUUAAUUGUAUUAAUAAGUUUGACUUUGGUAAAGAUGUUGAAAAACAAUUAAACUUUUAUGUUGAUUGUCGUCAAACAUUUAUUAAUUUUGAUCAAGUCAAGUUUAGAUUGGUAUUGGGAGUUAAUACUAUUUGUCAAAAGACAUUGGCAUUGGUACGUGGAAAGCAUACAUCCAAGACAUCAUCAUUUAUCCGUGCAUGCAUUGCCUAUUGUUUCAUUACCAUUCCAUCAAUUGACGAUGUCUUUUUAAAGAUGACACUCUAUUUGCAAUCUUCGGGUAUUGCAUUCCAAAACCAAGCCAUGUCACAAGCCGAUUCGCUUCUCAAGGCUGCCAUUACCUUUGUACAAGAGAUUCCACCUAUUUUGGAGUUUGGUCAAGUCAAAUCAACUGAAGAUUGGACCGUUCAAUACCUAUCCAAUUUCAUUUCUCUCUUGGUUGUCGCUCCUGGACAUCCAGAGAAUGGUCCAUUCUAUCUCAUCAAGGCACUCUACAAGGUUGUCAAAGACUAUCCAUGGGAACGUGCUACUACUGGCAAAUCACGUAUCAUCAUUCAAAUCAUGAGUCUUUGUUCCACUUGGGCUCAACAAAACCUUCCCUAUCAUAUCAACAAUGUCGAAUCAAACGAUCAACUCUUUGCUGGUGACCCAGAUUUUACAAGUGAAUUGAAUGAAUUCUAUGGUCUUUUAAUUAAAGAUUUAUUAUCUGAACUUAAUAUCUUAAAGGAUGAACCUGAUCCUUCAACACAGAAAAAGAUGGUAUAUGUUUGUAUUGAUAUGAUUAAUACUACCAUUAAUAUUGCUGAAUUAAAUCCAAAAUCAGCAUCACUUAUUUAUAAUUUGUACAAUAUGGCAAAGAAAUCGAUACCAUCAACCUCACACUCUGAAUUGACCUAUCUUAAAAAUACUCUAAACUUUGUUGGAUUACAAUCUAAAACAUCUAAAUUGGCUGGUGAUCUUUUUAUUAAACUUAAUGCUAUUUAA